UCUAUUCUCCUUUUCUGUUCCGUCUGAUGCUCCUCCCCUCCCCACUUUCUCUCUCAUCGCCGGCGAUCGUCCCUUCUCUCUCUUCAUUUCCUUCAAUUCAAACCUCACUCCAUUCAAUUCACUUUCGAUUCGGACCUUCUUCUUUCGCGUUGCUCGAUUUCUAGAUUUUUCCGAACAAAUGGAGAGCACCGGCACCAGCAAUAUCUACAUCCACGUCAUCGAGGACGUCAUCAACAAGGUCCGAGAUGAGUUCGUCUCCGAUGGGGGUCCCGGAGACGACGUCCUUGCUGAACUCCAAGGAAUAUGGGAACUGAAAAUGAUGCACGCUGGCGCUAUUUUGGGUCCAAUAGACAGGUCGGCGAAGCAGAAAGCAGCAGGAGGUCCGGUGACGCCUAAUCCCGUGCAUGAUCUUAACGUACCUUAUGAAGGCACUGAGGAGUAUGAAACUCCCACUGCUGAUAUGCUCUUUCCUCCGACCCCAUUACAAACACCUAUGCAGACGCCAUUGCCAGGGAUGGCCCAGACACCAUUGCCUGGAACAGCUCAGACUCCCCUUCCUGGAACAGCUCAAACUCCUCUUCCUGGAAAUGACAGCAGUCCGUACUACAGCAUUCCUACUGGUGGAACCCCGAUAACCCCCAAUGAAUACUCCUCUAAUAAUGACAAUGGUGGUGAAGGUCAGAUGAGAACUGGAGGUGGAAGACCUAGCCAAUAUAUGCAACCACCUUCAACUUGGUUGAGUCAAAGGCCACCUCUUGAUGUGAAUGUUGCUUAUGUGGAAGGUCGGGAGGAGGGUGACAAGGGAGCGCCCAAUCAUCCACCAACUCAGGAUUUUUUCUUGAUGCCUUCUGGAAAACGAAAACGUGAGGACAUUCCUCCACAAUAUCAUUCUGGUGGAUAUAUCCCCCAACAGGAUGGAGCUGGAGAUGUUUUACCUGAGGUGUUAAAGGUGGGUCCAGGGAGCAUUGUACAAAUACCUGUUCAAAAAGGAUCACUGUCUUGUAGGAUUCCUCAGUUGGAUGGACCCAUACCGGAUCCAUACGAUGAUGCGCUUUCUACUCCCAAUAUAUACAAUUAUCAAGGAGUCAUCAAUGAAGACUACAACAUAGUGAACACGCCUAUGCCCAAUGAUAUGCAAGCAGCAACUCUUGCUCCCAUUCCAAAUGAACCUGUCGAUGACGACGAUGAUGAACCCUUAAAUGAAGACGACGAUGAUGAGUUGGACGAUCUGGAACAGGGGGAGGAUGUAAACACAGCACAUCUAGUUCUAGCUCAGUUCGACAAGGUGACAAGAACCAAGAGCAGGUGGAAGUGCACACUGAAGGAUGGCAUUAUGCGCGUAAAUAACAAAGACAUUCUGUUCAACAAGGCGACGGGAGAAUUCGACUUCUGAUUUCGUUGGAGAGAACAAGAUUGGUUAUUCACAUUGUAUUUGGUCUCUUGUACGGAACGCAAAUUAGUGAGGGGAAAUGUUUCGAUGGUCACAAUGUACAGAGAAGGGAGAUCUUGGCUCCAACUACGAGUUUAUAACUUUAAAAGGAUCGUUGUAUAAUUUAAUUUUUGUGUACUCGGAUAUAUGUUAUUGCUAUCUUAAUCUUAUUUAUUCCUUUUAAUUCGAGUUUA